CUGCAGGAGACCAUUCCUUCAGUUUUGCUUGAGACGGAGGAAGGAAUUGCUGUAUUAUAUUUUAAAGGCUUAGAAGGAUUAAAAAGCAGAAGGAUUUACAAGACUUUUAGCGUGUUGAAUGGCGUGUGCAAGGAUUGUGCGCCUCGGAGUUACCAUUAUUCUUUGUCAGGUAACGGUAUCGCCGUGUGGAUAUGCGGAGGGGUCGACAUGUACACCUGGGUUUGAGUCGGACGUAUUCGUUUUUAAAGUGCACAGAGAUCACCUUCACAUGGGAAAAAGAUUAGGAAGAGUUAUUUUCAAUAACUGCGAUGGAAGAAAAAGAACCCACUUUCAGUCCGUUGACAAGUGGUUUGAUGUGAAUACGGAUGGGACUGUAAUGCUGCAGAGGCAAGUGACUCUUCACGAAGGCCAAAAGGUGUUUUCCGUGCAUGCCUGGGACUACAGUGGCAAGAAGCACACUGUUUCCGUCAAAGUUGAGCGUAUCCACCAUCAUAUGAGGCAUCACAUGGAUACGUUCACUAACAUCUACUCUCAAGAGAAGGAAUUGCCCUCUGAUCAGGUCCUGACUUUUCCAAAAUCUUCAACGGGAGCAAAGAGAGCAAAGAGAGAUUGGGUUAUACCUCCAUUCCAAGUACCAGAGAAUAGCAGAGGUCCGUUCCCAAUGAAGCUGGUCCAGAUAAAGUCAAAUUUUGACAAGGAAACUCAAAUGCAAUACAGCAUCACAGGUGAAGGGGCGAAUGAGAACCCAAAGGGAAUUUUCAUUAUUGAUAAAUUAUCAGGGAAUCUCUUUGUGACUCAACCACUUGACAGGGAAAAAAAAGCUUCAUACGGACUUAUAGCUUAUGCUAGAGCUGAUGUGAGUAAUAUAGAAGAAAAACCAUUGGAAAUUGUCAUCAACGUGAUGGACCAAAAUGAUAAUAAGCCUGUGUUUACUCAAAAUCCUUUUAAUGGACAUGUUCAUGAAGCUGCUGGAAAAGGUUAUGAGUUUAUGACCGUCACAGCCACUGAUGCAGAUGACCCAAACACGUACAAUGGUAUAGUAAGAUAUUCGAUUGUCAGUCAAGAGCCACAAUUUCCAAAACCGAACAUGUUUUAUAUCAACAUUUUAUCUGGAACCAUACAAGUCCAAGAACCAGGCAUAGACCGAGAGCAAUGGCCCAGAUAUACUUUGUUAAUUGUGGCUGCUGACAUGGAAGGAGAAGGAUUAGCAACCACUGGCACAGCCGUUAUUACAAUUACUGACAGCAAUGAUAACCCACCAGAGUUUGAUCAUAAUUUGCACACCGUAUCCGUCCCGGAGAAUGAAUUUGGGGCUAUAGUGGCCAAACUUACAGUUACUGAUGGAGAUGAAGUUGGGUCACCUGCCUGGUCAACCAAGUAUCGGAUUAUUACUGGUGACAAGGGUGGGUUUUUCAAUGUCAGUACUGGACCCAGCCAGCUGGAGGGCAUCCUCACCACUGUAAAGCCCCUGGACUUUGAGAAGACCAAGCAAUACGUUCUGUCUGUGGUUGUUGAGAAUGUUGUUCCUUUUGUUGGUUCUUUGCCCACUUCCACUGCCACAGUCACUGUCAAUGUACAAGAUGUAAAUGAGCCUCCCGAGUUUAAUCCAAAGGAGAAGGUUAUUUUCAAACCUGAAGAUACACCAGUUGAUACUGUUUUGGUUCCUUAUACAGCCACUGAUCCAGAUACCGGAAGAUCACAGAAGAUAACGUAUAAAAUGGAUGUUGACGAUGCUGGCUGGCUAAGUGUGUCUCCAGAGACUGGAGAGAUUAAAGUGAGGAACCUUAUGGAUCGAGAAUCUGCCUAUGUCAAAGAUGGCAAAUACAGAGCUAUCAUAUUGGCCAUGGAUGAUGAUGCAACAUCUCCAGCGACCGGCACAGGAACCUUGGUAAUUGAAUUGGAGAAUGUAAAUGACAACGCUCCUAUUAUUAAUGAAGGGAAUAUAAAAAUGUGUAAUCGUGGAUCAUCUCCAAUUCUUCUAUCUAUAACGGACAAAGAUGGACCUCCUUUUGGUGCACCCUUUAGCGUCGAGACCCAAGGAGAAACCAGUAAAAACUGGUCCACCUCGAUGAGUGACACAUCAACUGGUGUUUUUCUGCAACUCAAGUCUACUUUGGAGCAAGGGGACUAUAAUGUAGUUCUGAGAGUUUAUGAUCUACACAGGCUAUAUCAGGACAGCUACAUUCACGCAACUGUGUGUGACUGCAAAGGAGAUGAAGUGCAAUGUAUUGGGGGGGUGGCAUUAUCUGGAGCUCUUGGAAUCCCAGCAGCAAUCUUGGUUCUCCUGCUGCUCGUUCUUCUUCUGCUUUUGUUCCUGAGGAGGAAAAGGAGUACCGAAAAAGAACCCCUCCUUCCUGAAGAUGAUUUAAGAGACAAUAUCUACUAUUAUGAUGAGGAAGGUGGUGGAGAAGACGAUCAGGAUUAUGAUUUGAGUGUGUUGCAUCGUGGCUUGGACAACAGACCUGAAGUGUUCCGAAAUGAUGUGGUGCCCACUUUCCUGUCAGCACCUCAGUAUAGACCACGGCCAGGCAAUCCUGAGGAGAUUGGGAAAUUCAUUGAUGAUAAUCUGAAGGCUGCAGAUAACGAUCCCACAGCUCCCCCAUACGACUCCCUCCUGGUGUUUGAUCAUGAAGGAGACUCUGAUGUGGGUUCACUCAGCUCCCUCAACUCUUCCAGCUCAGGACAGGACCAAGACUAUGACUUCCUCAGUGAGUGGGGCCCACGCUUUAAGAAGCUGUCAGACAUGUUUGGAGGAGAGGAUUAAGACCCCAUUUUUCAUGAUAUUUUAUUCAGAUUUGAAAUAUAAACUCAUGAGACAUGUGGCUUUCAACCCAUUACUUUUCUAGAUUGCUCCAGGACUCAUUUCAUGUAUUGUUAUUUCAAAUAAAAAAAUAUUUAAGAGUGGUAAAAAAAAAAAAAAUUCAAGGCACUUCAGUGUCUAUAACUUUUAAUAUUUUUGAGCAUUUCUAAAUCUGGUUGAUUAAAAGUGAAGGCCAAAGGGUCUUCUUUCUAAAGACACCACAAUUAUAUUUGUAACACACUGAAGUAGGAAACUAUUACAAUUGUAAGUUAGGUAGAGCACUUUCAGCUGUGAGCCCAUAACGGGGGUUCAGUUUAACAGGUUAAAAGUGCAAAAACAUGACAAUGUUGUACUUCUAUUUAUUGAUUCCAUACUAUGUUUAAAGUUGGAACUGAAAUAAUUGCACUGUUCUGGCAUCGUCCUUAACAAAAAUAUUAUUUUACUUGAAGUGAAGAGCUUGAAGUGUUCUUUUUAUGGGUGCAGUCUUAGGAGGAACAUGCCUUUUUUCCUCUCUCUCCUCCUCGUCCCCUUUUUUAAAUGAAGCUCCCAACUGAAAAGAAAAUAUUUGCUCUGAUUGCUCAGUAGGUAAAAAGCUAUAAUAUGGCUUACGAUGUGUGUCCAAAGCAGUUAAACUGUGUAUUUAAUGUAAUGCUCUCUGAAAAAUUAUUAUUCUUUCAAUGUUUUGCUACCUUUUUGUUAACUUUGGCUCAAAGAUUGAUCUGAUGAAUGAAUGAUACAGUAAAUUUAAAAGCACUGAUUUUUCAAAAACCUUUUGUAUGAUAUUUUUAGAUGUCUUAUUUCUAUCCAUUUUAUUUUUCUUUGCCUCAGUUGCAAGAAUGUUGACUGAUUCAGCCAUUGUUUUACAAUGCAUAUUUUAUUAAAUUACUUUUACUCUUUU